UAGUACACUAACAUAACUGGGAUGGGGGAUUAUAUUUUCUGCGAUGAUAAAUUGUGAAGUAUCAACCGAAAACAAAAUGUUAAUAACAUUUUCAACUCAACCAGAAGCAAACUUUUACAUUUCACCUCUAUUUAUUUCUCUAAAAUAAAAAUUAUUACUUUUCUUCUAUUUAUAAAAAAUAGCAUUUUAUAUAUUUUAUUCUACGUUUAGAUAUUGCUAUUUUAGAAAAAUAAAUUAUAAAAUCUAUUUAUUUUAAAGGUAAAAUUAACAAAAUACAUUGAAUAAUCUUGUCCUGCGUUGUUCAUUACGCUUUGUAAAAUAUUGUGUGUGCUUGUUACUAAGUUUUUUUUUUGUGUCUGGUUCCAAGCUUAAUACACUCACGCACAAAGAGGAGUCGCAUCUUUGAGUGUUAUCUAUUACUAUUAUUUGUUUCCAUGUUUUUUUUCUUUUUUAGCAUGAAACCAAAUUUUUAAGUUUUACAUUUUGUUAAAAACUCUUUGUAAAAUUUGUUGUUUAUUUUUCGAAAUGAUAUUUACAUAUUUAGCAAAAAAAUAAUAAUAAAAAUUACUCAACCUAACUUCUCUUAAUUGUAGGCGACACACUUUUAAGUUCCUUCAUUCUUCUUCGAAAGGUGCAGACAUUCAUUCAUCUACUUUAUUCAUUAGAUACGGUACAAAGUAAAUAGAUUUACUUGCAUGAAAUAAAGUUUGAUGUCAUUAUUUACAGGCUUACAGCUGUUGCCUGUAAGUCUUGUAGUGCAGAAUGAGUAUCCCUAUUAAAAUCAUCAAAGGGCCGGGGUAGAGAACCAUAAAAUCUUGAUCAAUAAAUACAAGUACAUAACUCUAUAAGCAUCAUCGAGCUAUACAAACUUUGUUCGAAUCAUGGAAGAAUAUUAAUGUACUAUUUUGCAGAUGUUUCUUUUAAUGUUUUGUCUUUUUACAAUUAUUUUCAGAAAAGAGAAAAAGAAAAAAAAAAUUCAUAUCGCAUCAUUGAUAAUCAUGCUAGGGAGCAUCUAUAUAUAAAAGGAUAGUAUUUUUAAGAUAUCGCAUCUUAACUCAUAGCCAAGUGAAAAUGUAUAUUUUGGUUAUUUUAUUUUAGUGUGAAAUAUAGAGAAAUUUUUUGUGUACCAUUGGAGAUGGUACUAGAGAAUAUUUGAAUUAACGGAUAGCAUACAAAUAGUGAACAAACCAUUUGCUCGAGAAAAUAAAUCCCUCUCAUGCGAGCAAAACAUCAUUAAUGACUCGCCGCUAAACCUGUGUGAUCACGCUAGUUUAUAUACUCUCUUAUAAUUAAUUCGCCUAAAAAACACAUUUUCUAUUUCCGGGCUACUCAAAUUAUAUUGUACUAUUUUCUCCCACAUAAAAUUAGUGAAAAUAUGUAAAAAGUUACUCUUGUGUAAUGGAUUGUCCCUUCCCUUGACAGAAAACAACCAUAUUCAUUACACUUUCAAGCUACCCUUUUUUUUUUUUUUUUUUGUCAAAGACAAGCUACCCUUUUUUAAUAACUUUUCAUGAGUAAAAUAACAGUAAUAUUGUUGGUGGUAUAAUACAAUUAUUCUUUAUUUUAAAAUUAUUUUUUGGGAUAUUUUGUUUGGAAAAUAUACUUUAAUCGAGAGUGUUAUGUUAUAUAGGAGUUUGAUUCUAUGUCGUCACUCCCGAAACAAAGUCUCUCACUAGUAGCUAUCAAGAACAAAGGGAAAGAGAGUUUGCUUGGGGCUUUGCUCACCAUCAUCCUCUUGCCUUGAAAAACUACUUCCGUGUCUCCCUCUCUGUCUACACACAAUCACACUCUUCUAUUCUUUCUUUCUCUCUAUAUAUAUUAUCCAUACACUCUUAACUCCAUUCACUCGUGUUGGUCUCUACCCAAAGAGAGAACAAGCAAUAUGGAGAAUGGUGAGAAAGCAGUGGAGACGGUUGUUGUUGGGAACUAUGUGGAGAUGGAGAGUGAAGGGAAAGCUUCGGACAUGAAAUCUAAACUUUCCAACAUGUUUUGGCAUGGUGGCUCUGUCUAUGAUGCUUGGUUCAGCUGCGCUUCCAACCAGGUAGCGCAAGUGCUAUUGACGCUUCCAUACUCAUUUUCACAGCUGGGGAUGCUCUCAGGGAUUCUGUUUCAGCUCUUCUAUGGCCUACUCGGUAGCUGGACUGCUUAUCUCAUCAGCAUUCUCUAUGUUGAGUACAGAACCAGAAAAGAGAGAGAGAAAGUUAACUUCAGAAACCAUGUCAUUCAGUGGUUUGAGGUUCUUGAUGGAUUGCUUGGGAAGCACUGGAGGAAUGUUGGGUUAGCAUUCAACUGCACCUUCCUUCUCUUUGGAUCUGUCAUUCAACUCAUAGCAUGUGCCAGCAACAUAUAUUACAUAAAUGAUAAUCUGGACAAGAGGACAUGGACAUACAUAUUUGGAGCAUGUUGUGCAACCACAGUAUUCAUUCCUUCCUUCCACAACUACAGGAUCUGGUCUUUUCUUGGACUGUUGAUGACCACUUACACUGCUUGGUACCUCACCAUUGCAUCCAUCCUCCAUGGUCAGGUAGAAGGAGUGAAGCAUUCGGGACCAAGCAGGCUGGUAUUAUACUUCACAGGGGCCACAAACAUUCUUUACACAUUCGGUGGACAUGCUGUUACUGUAGAAAUAAUGCAUGCCAUGUGGAAGCCGCAGAAGUUCAAGUCGAUAUACCUGUUUGCGACUCUGUACGUUCUGACGCUAACGCUGCCUUCCGCGUCUGCGGUCUAUUGGGCGUUUGGCGAUUUGCUUCUAAACCAUUCAAACGCAUUCGCUCUCCUCCCAAAGAACCUUUACCGUGACUUUGCAGUGGUGCUCAUGCUCAUCCACCAGUUCAUCACCUUCGGGUUUGCAUGCACGCCUCUCUACUUCGUGUGGGAGAAGCUGAUAGGGAUGCAUGAGUGCCGGAGCAUGUGUAAGAGAGCCGCCGCGAGGCUUCCCGUGGUUAUACCCAUCUGGUUUCUCGCAAUCGUGUUCCCUUUCUUUGGUCCCAUCAACUCAACCGUCGGAUCUCUCCUCGUUAGCUUCACCGUCUACAUCAUCCCUGCGCUGGCUCACGUCUUCACGUUCCGGUCAGCAGCCGCACGGGAGAGCGCCGUGGAGCAGCCGCCAAGGUUUCUAGGGAGGUGGACUGGAGCUUUCACAAUAAACGCAUUCAUUGUGGUGUGGGUGUUCGUUGUUGGAUUUGGGUUCGGUGGUUGGGCGAGUAUGAUCAAUUUUGUUCACCAGAUAGACACAUUCGGCCUCUUCACAAAAUGUUACCAGUGCCCACCGCCGGUAAUGGCCUCGCCUCCUCCGGUCAGCCAUCCUCACGUCAACCACACACGUGGCCUAUGAAUCUUAAGCAACUAAUAAAGAGCGUAUUCCACCGAUCACAAAAAAUUUCGUUUGUUUCUUUAGUAGAUCUGUAUACCAAUGCACUAGUGUGUUUUGGUUGCGUUAUGCUUGUCAAUUUUUAUUAUCUUUUGGACGUUGAAGAAGAAGAAAAAGACAAACUCUAGGAACAAACAAGUGUUGUGUAGUCUUGGUAAAGAACAAAUGUCUUUGUCCGUUAGUAUA